AUGAGUCCCGGCCAAUACGCCACCAUGGAAAAACUCAUCAGCCAAUUCGAACAAGUUAUGGUUUCUUUGAAACUACAAGAUCAGUGGUUUCUUGGUGCUGGAUCCCUGCUUGGCUCGCUUCAACAUCAUGACUACAUUCCCUGGGACGAUGAUGCUGAUGUGGGUGUCCAUCUUCGCCAUCGGCCACGAAUUCAAAGAGCUCUAAGUAAUCUCCAGCCUAAAUUUGGGACGUAUUGGCAACGUAGUCGAGACAAGCUCUUUUUUAAGCCACUAGACAAAAAUGCCAAAACUGACCUUAACACCAUCGGCAGCCAUGCUUUUUCCAAUGCACCAUGGGCUUGGCCAUUCAUUGACAUCUUUUACUACAGGGAAAUUGAUGCAGUAAAAGGAGAAGAGUUCCUUCAAGACUUCCACAAAUUCAACCUUAGUGACAUCUUUCCUCUCACCUACAGACCCUUUGGUAAGCAUUGGUAUCCGGCACCACGAAGACCUAUCAGUUUUCUCAGGAGCUACUAUUCAUCGAAAGGACAGCAUUGCUUUAGUUCUUAUUCCCACGCCCUCGAGAAGGCCCUCCUUCCCAAAUACAUGGACUGCAGAAAACUAAUGGAGCGAUACGCCUUUGUUCACCGCUGUCCCAUUCCUGAGCAGGAGAGGGACGACAAACCUCUGGGACUCUGUGAUGAGCAUUUGGUAGAUGGUAGCGGACGGAGUGUGCACAAGAUACGAACAGCACUUGAUCCAGAUGAAAUCGAUGCACCAUUGUACACAGUCAGACAUGAAUCAUUCAAAUGUCCAUAA